AUGGACGCCAGCAGCGGCCCAAUAGUUCACCAUCUCUUCCAAGUCAGCCACCUUUUCAAAGAAAUCACUCUGCUGCGGGUAUCUGAGAGGUGCAUCAUGGAGCUGAGAAAAUGGCUGGACAGCCAUAGCGAGGCUUUUGAUUGGUCGCACAUAUCGACAGUCAUGGCGGAUCUGCAGGGACCCCACGAUGAUUGGCAAGAGAAAGAAAUGCAGCUGAGGUCGGCCAUUAAAGAGAUUUUGAAGUUUGACAUCACAAAGGAAAAUCCGACAGAUCCGAUAGUGUUACCGCAAGCCGACUGUGUGAUCACGAUGUGGAUUCUGGAUUCCACCAGCACCAAUGAAGAUGAAUACAUGACAACCCUGAGGAAAAUGAUGAAGUUUGUGAAGCCCGGAGGACUCCUGCUAGUGAUCGCCACUGUAAAUGGGACAUAUUAUAAAGUGGGGGAGGACACCAUGCAUGUCUUCCAACAUGAUGAGAAUUUUGUGAAAAACGCUGUCACCAAAGAAGGGUUCACUGUCACUCACUGCGAGGUGUUAAAAGAGCGAUCUCACUGA